UUCAAGAGAAUCGAAUUGUGGAGGUCAGCUGGAUUGUAGUAUUGCUGGAGUAUUAUCAUAAAUCUGCGCCAGUUUUAAAUUCCGUGUCGCACAAGCGCAAUGACUGCUAAUGCCACAAUGGCGGCAUAUGAGCACGUGUCGUCUGCUCGUGUCGACUGUCAGCCACUAUUGAGCAGUUUCGCGAACUUUCAAUUCAAUUACCGUCACAUCCAAUUCGAUACAAGAGUACUUCCGAAGAACAUGUCAGGAAAUGGAGUGUGCUGGCGUGGCUCGGUUAAGCCAUAAGGAGUGGAGACGCCUUGCGAAAAAAGAGCGUCGUAAACGUCUCCGACGAGAAGCCGCUCGUGAGAGAGACGCCGACGCCGAACGCCUGAGGGCAGCACUGGAGAGAAGCGAGGAAUAUUUGAAUUGGUUGGCCGAGCAAGAGAAACAAGACGAAGCUAGAAAGCAACAGGAGGAAAAGGAACACGAGGAACAGGAGAAACGCUGGUUGGAAACUGAAGCAACGGCACAGAAAGAAUGGCGAAUUCUUCAAGAGCGGAAAGCAAAAGCGCGACAAGAGCAGCUCGAGCAAGAAGCGAAAAUUCGCAAGGAAUACGAAGCAAAGCAAGAAGCAAUAAGACUGAAGAAGGAACAAGAGAAACGUCUCCAAGAAGAAGAAAUCAAGAGACACGAGGAACUUCAGAGACAGAUAGACGAUUACAUCGACAAUGGUACGAAAACACCAGAAGCUCUGCGAGCCGUAACGGAGAGUCAACCUGGCAAGGAACUUUGUCCAUUUUUCACAAAAACUGCCGCCUGUCGUUACGGUGACACUUGCUCUCGCAAUCAUCGUCGAGUUUGUCUCAGCAAAGUCAUCCUGAUUCCUGGAUUUUAUUCUCAUUUCUCUCUGGAGAAAAAUUCUGCCGAAUACGACACUGACGUCGUCCUGGAGUUUGAGAGUUCGGAGACUCGACAGCAUUUUCGAGAAUUCUACAAGGACGUGGUGCCUGAAUUGGAAAGUUUUGGCAGAAUAAAAACCCUCAAGUAUUGCUGUAACACGGAGAUCCAUCUUCGUGGAAAUUUGUACGUCGAAUAUUACACUGAACGCGAAGCAGCGCGCGCAGUCAGGAAGCUGAAGGGUCGCUGGUACGCAGGAAGGCAAUUGAAUUGCGAAUUCGCGAACUUGAAAUCGUGGAGGAACGCUGUGUGUGGGAUGGUCAAGUGCCCCAAAGGACGUGCUUGUAACUUCCUGCAUACUUUUAGGAAUCCCCACGACGAAUACGAUAUAAGAAGUCCACCCAGAUGGGCUAAAAGGACCGAGAGUCAGGAUCCUACAACCAGAAGAAGCGAACACAGGAGUAACAGGUCCAAGUGGGAGGAAUCUACACGCGGAGGAAACGAAGAGGAUCGCGAUUGGAGGUGGUCGGAAUCACCGGAAGUUGAGGUCGAACAUCGUCGCAAAAACGGAAGGCAUCGUCGUCAAGAGGAUAUUGACGGUAGAUAUAAUUCUAGGCGCGAUAGAAGACAGGAGGAGACGGAAAGAGCUGGUAGAAAUUCGAGAAAUCUCGAAACACACGACAGACGAUCUCCCGGUGGAAGAUCCUCACGCAGACGUGAUAAUCGAUCGAAAAGGAAACAUUCUGAAGAUAGUGACAAUAACGAGGAAUUAUCUAGUCAUACGGAAAGUCAAGGAAGGCAUUCAAAAGUAGGAAAAAGGUCAAGGGAUCCUAGGUCAGGAAUACAAAAAGGAUCGAGAACGCGGGAGAAGACUAGAAAUGAUUCAAGAUUCAAAUCCAAAGAUGUCGUGAAAAGGACCAAUGACGAAGAAAAUGAUUCGCCACAGACAAAAUCUCUUAUCGCUAAUAAGGAACCGGGAGGAUCAAAGGAUUAUAAAACGAGAAAACAUUCAAAAAGAGUAAAACGCCCCAAGUCAAAAUGGGAUGAUGUAGAAUCAAAUAAUUCGUAUUCGGAGAACGAAUCAGAUUACACAGAUUCAUCGACGAAUGAUCAUAAGGAACACGGAAGUCCUGUGAGAUAUCAGAAAAGAUCAUCCACCGAAUCGAAUGACGGAUGGGAGACUUCCGAUUCGGAAACUAAUAAACAGAAAAGGAAAUAAAUAAUGUUAUAUUCGUCAUCUAUUGUCAAGUCUAGACACUAGAGAGACUAUUCGAAUUUUUGUUACAUAGAAAGAAACCAGGCAGAGAAUAAGAUUGUAUUUCCUAUAAUUUCAAUAAAUAUUUUUAUAGCAAAGAAGAUACUGUCCUAUCACACUUAUCUAUUAGUUACAAGAUUGUCUCAUUAAAUGUUGUUGUAAACCAUAAUAUAGAUUUGGAAACACGCCUACGUCAGAAGCGACGGAAUGGCCACGCUGCGACGUGGCACAUUCCACUCGCCAAUAUUAUGGAAACAAGGGAGACACAUCACCGACACC